GUCUCAGAAUGCUCCACAGCUGCUUCCCUAAAUUCGUUUUGAUGAUAUUAAAUAAGUCCGGGAUCAUUUUUCUCUGACAACCCGGUCAUAGUUAGACGAAGGUUACAAGUACUUCACUUGUUUAAUUAUGAGGAUAUUUAAGAUUUUUUCCUUCUAAUUUAUGCUAACGCUAACUUUUCACAAUGGGAAUGAGACGUAGCACUGUAGAAGAUCUUUUCUGCCCAGAUAAACACAUUUCCAUGUUCUCAAAUUUAUUAAAAAUAGAGCUAAAGUAAGACAAUUUCAGCAUGUCUUACAAUAAAGAAAAAUAAAUAACUUUUCUGAUGUAGCUCUUCUUUGCUUUUGCUCAUAACCGUGUCAUGCGGGAUAAUGAAGGUAAACAAGGAUAAAAAUGAUUUAAAAUCGUCAAAUAUAUAUAAUUAAAUGAUUAUUCGAACAUAAUUUUCUAUAUUCUUAUAGCCAGAGUUGAACUUUUUGUCUUAGCUUCUCUUAUUUUGAAAGCUAAAAAUAUGUGGCUUCAUAGCGGCACUUAGAAUAUUUGCUGUGCCACUUGGUAAACAUUUAGAUUUUUACAAUUACCCCUUAAAAUACCCCAAAAAACAACUAAUAUAUCAACUAAAUGUAGCUUUGAGUGCAGUUAAAACGCGUGUGGCCAACAUGCAGCAAUCGGCAUCUUGGCUGCACCUAUAAUGUGAGUAAUAUCAAGCAAAAUAGAACCUGUUAGAAAAAUAUCUGCUCAAGUGAAAGGUCGAUAUUUUCAAUAGAUCCUCAAAUAUUAAAGGAUUAUUCAAAUUUGUAUUUAGAUUUGUGAACGAUCUAAGACAGGAAAUGAAAAUAACAUAAAUAUCGCACAAUUUUCUGUUGAUAUUGGUAAAGUUACCGUUUAUUAUUUACAGCUUUCAACUGUCAUCUUUGCCAUUCCAAACCUGUAAACUGACAGUCACUAUUCAUUUUGUCUGACCAUGAAAAGGAUCUAUUGUCAACACGAUCAACGUAAUUCCAGUAGAUUCUGAAUCAGCUGGAAUUACACUGAUCGUGUUAACGGUUGAAAAGUUACAGUAUGUCAAAUAUUUUUGUGUUUAAGCGUAAGGGUUAAGCCAUCAAAAUUCAAACAAUGAUCUGAAACAAAAAAGCUUAAACAAAACCAUCAUGGGACUUUUUAUUAUUUUUUUUAUUAUUAUUGUUUUUUUUACUAAAACAAUCCGUACGGCACCUUGUUAGCAUCCGACGUUCCAUUAUCCCAUCCUUUAGGGAAUAUCAGCCUCAGCAGCAGCAACUGUAACACCUAAAAAGAACAAAGCCGGAUCUUUUUAGUGCCAAAAUAAAAAUCUGAAAUGGCUGUCAAAAAACCACAAAACAAUAGGAGCUGCACACAACAGAAACACACACAAAACAAGGUAAUUGUUACACAGACUUCCUGUGGGAGAGGUUAUUUAAAGUAAUUAUAUUCCUAUUAAUAAUUUCUUUCCAGUAUACAUUAUAAACAGACACUUUCUGCUUAUUUACUUGAGGGAGAUGUGUACUAAAUUGUUCCCUAGUGCAUACACCCCCACACACAAACACACUCUACAGGCACUGUGUUGAUUUUGUUAUUAAAUUAUUCCACUUACUUGAGUAUCGAUUUUCCAUAACUGCAGAUAAGGGGAAAGCUUUUACUUUUGUGGGGUAAAUGAUAUGGCACCUCUUACUUUUAAUGGCACCAUGAAUUAUGGAGACUCUUUUACUCCAUUUGUCUUGUUGGUACUUUAGGAACAUACAUAGCUUCCGUUGUGUCACAAGUCAUUACAACAAAAACACAACUUUGGUUCAAAUGGUUUACUUGAAGUAGAGAGAAGAAACAUUAAGUCUGUGAUUGUUCUGAUUGAUGAAUUAGCACGGCAAACAACAUUUUUUCUUAUAUAUAAUUUAUUUUAAAUAUAUUAAGUUUGUUAAUUUUUUUCCAUUUUUGGGUUUUAAAUAAAUUGAACAACAAAUUUCAAAUUACUUAAACAAUUUUCAUCUCCAACUGUUGUCUUACUCUGAAUUUUUUUUAGUCUAGAAGCACAAAUGACAUGUUUUGAUAUUGAAAUUAAGUUAGAAUUUAUAUAAUACAAUUUCUAAAAUUACUUUUAAAGAGCAGUAACACAAAGUGCUUUACAUGUUUAAAACAAUUAAAAAUAACAUUUUAUAAAAACACACAAAAAAGCUUUCUUUCCGACCUCUAAAAUGAGGCACAAAAUGACAUAUGAAGGCCAUUGAUAGAUGAACACAUGCAACAAAACAUGGAGGAAUAGUAGUUUUUUUUUGAUUGGAGGAGGAUUUAUUGAAAUCUUUCUGCAUCUACUUAGUGCUGUAUAACUUUUCUAGCACUUAAAUUGUUGUUAGAGGUGGAUAUUUUAUUAAAACAGAUAAACCCAAAGUGUCUGAAACUAACAACAGCAAAAGUAUCCGUAAUAAGUGAAAAUCAUAGUAAAUGACUAAACUGAUUUUUUUUGGGAAAGGAUGACGAACUGAGAAAACGGAAAGAACACAUUAAAGUAAAAAUCUAAGAACUACAUUGACACUCAGUGGAAACGAGGUUUAAGAGAUAUAAACAGUAGUGGACAAUAAUGAGUAACAGGAACUCACUGAAAUGUGGUUGGAUUAAUGCAUUAAAACAACUUUUAACGUAGUUCUCAAACUGUUUUCCCGACAAUUUAUAUAUCGUAGACAUUUAUUAACCGCAUUGCUACAGCCCUAAACAGGAAAGUAGUACGUAAAAAGUGUUGUAAAUGUUGAAAUAUAUAAUAACAAAGGAUUGCAAAGUUUCCAUUAGUCUUUCUUGUGUUGCUUUGCUCCGCCCUCGUCAUUCCUGACCAAUGGCGGAAGAGAUCAAUAGUCAGACUAAACUCAAGGCCCAGGACUCGAUCUGAACCAACUGAUCUUUCCAGUCUCAAUACACCCUGAUGAACAGAAACAAAAACCAAUAGAAGUUUGAAGCUACUUGAGCCAAAAAUCCGUAAUAUCAAAUUCAAGAAUACUAAAAUUCAAACCAGGAGAAGCGUCUUCCUGACAGAUAAUCAUGGCCCUCUGCAGGCCAUAAUCUCUGCUGCUCGCCUCCCAUCCUCACAUGUUGGGGAAACUGCUUUGUUCAAGUGUCUUAAGAUGUUUUUGAAAUAAUGAGAUCACAUUCCGUCCUGACAGAAGGGGGGGAUGAUGACAUCUGUAUGAAAUAGCCCUGGUCCUCCCUCGGCCUCGCAUUCCACUCUGAUAAAUCUUUGUUUAGUGGGCCAUUUGACCUGCUUUCAGUUUAGCACCAAACUGCCCCCUAUUAUAGACAUCGUCCAGAUAGCAAUCACGUCGGUAUUCUCUCACUUAAAUUGAUGCUGGGAAAAUGAUUGAAAUUGGAGGAGAGUUUCGCAGAGACAUUUAUAUGGAGGAAAGAAGAAGAAGAAAAAAAAAACUGCAAGGCAGAAGAGCUCCCCGUCCAUCAUUUGUUGGUAGAAAAUGGGCAGAGUGCCACAUUGAGCAAAUAGAUUCCAACUGGUAAUGUUGCAUUUGUGGACAGGAGAAGCGAAUGAGACGGAUGGCGGGAGGGGCUUCUGCGUCUUCCAUUAGCAUUAGCAUUGUUUCCCACACCCCCCCCCCAUCCUCCUCUUACUUCUCUACCCCCUCCUUCACACCACCACGUCUCCAUCCUCCAGCCCUCCACCCCCACCCCCAUACCAGGCUGCGUCCUCUCUUUCCUGUUCUUGCUGCAGUGUUGCUAUAGCAACGGAGAAAUGUGGGAAUACCUCCGUCCUUCAGAGCACUGGAGAGAGACAGAGGCGGAGAAGAAGAAGAAGAAGGAGAUGAUGGGAGAUGAGCGGAGUGUUAAGGGUAGACGGAGGUGAAGACAAGGGAAGAUGAGAGGAGGAAAAAAAAAAGACAGAUAAUUAAAAGAUGCUGAGUGCAGCUGCGACUCGCUGAGUGGACGCCACUUGUGACCUAAACUGCUCAUCUUCCUGCAAGGCCCGUCCAAACACUGCUCACAUUGAUAUGCAGCCUCGGCGAUGAAGAAGCCUCUAAUGUCGUCCGGCUGGACGGGGUGUUUGUGUGGGUGGGGCUGCGUCGCCAUGGCAUAACUUUAUGUCGAGCACUACGCAUAUCAUUUGUUUGAGAAUCCAUGUGUUCUCUGUUUGUAGCGAAGCAGCAGUUUCCAUGACGACGCCCAGACUAAAAUAGCCCCCACCCACCCUCAUCUCUCUCAUACACUCAUAACUGUUAAUUCCUGCGUUCUCUCAGCCUGAGACGUCCCGCGCUGCCGAUCGGCGUUCACCGUAUAGAUCUGAGCACGUGCGAGCCCCGUCUUCAUGCACACACGCUCAGCACAUAUUCUCCCACCUCUUAUCUCCUAUUUUCAGUCUCUCCGUCACCCUGAUCUCGGUCGCCCUGUCAACAUUCAUCAACCUCUGCGUUGCCAUGACUACGGCCCUGGAAUCACUGCAGUUAUUUAAACAAAGACAAAAAAAAUAAAUAGAUGAAAAAAAGAAGCAAUUGUAGGAGAUACUGUCCCACAAAUCUCGUAUUUUUUUCUUUUCUUGGAUGGAUAAGGAGUUUUCCUAUCUUGUGACCCUUUUAUGAACUAGUGAGCAAUCAUUUCUAAGAAGAUGCGCACAUGAGGGCAUGAGAGCAACCUCAUGGCUACAAGUGGCAAAAUCCUUUUCUUCAAAAGUGCGUAAGCACACAGGUGUGUCUCAAAGCUUUUAUGGGUGCAAGGAUUUCAAGUAUAUGACAGAAUGAUUAUAAUUUGCUUUCACAAAUGGUAAAAAAUAAUGGAUUUUGCAAGAAAACUAAAGUAAAAAUUCACAAACUAAAAUAAUUUAGUGUUGUGUCAUUUUUUUUUCAUUCUUAAUGGACUGUUGACUUUUGAAGUUUGUGCAAUUAAACUAUUUUGAAUUCUUGAAGUGGCUAAUGCUUUUAAUGCUUGGACACUUAAGUGCCAGAAACCUGCUGCUCUUUUCCAGUUAGGCAAUUUUUUUUGAAAGAUUUUUACCCCAAAAAAUGGAUAAACAUAGAUCUCAGAGGAGAAACAAAAAUCUCAGUUUGUCUUCAGUGCUGUUCAAUAUUCAAAUGACUUUCCCAAAUUUCCAUUAUAUUUUGACGAUCCACUUCUUGAGUCUGUAAACGCCUGGAUGCAAUAGAUCCUAUCUUUCAGAUGUGAUGUCACCGGUGUAUGGUCUGAAAUCUUCACACUCGGUAAUCUCAUUGUAUCCCAUAAAUCUGCUUUGAUCCUAACACAUACUUACAUGUGUGCAAAGUAAGGAAAAACACUCCAGGCCCUGCAAUUGUGGCGCCAAACCCACAAAGACUGACGAAGGACGUCAUAAUGAGUGUUUGCCGCUCUGGCUUAGUGUGCAAAUGUGUGUUUUUUUACACUAGGGACUGCAAUUUGUGUAGCCAGGUGGGUGGAUCAGCAGAACCCGAUUCUUUGUCCUGGUCUUAUAAACCCUCUGAGCAUGUGACUGAGUCUUGGGAGGGGAGUUGAGGGACCAAGCAUGGUUCUUUAAGAUCAAGCCCAGCUUCACGAAUGUUUAACCGGCAGUCUGUCAGGUCAUCGACGGAGUAAAGAACUGCCAGGAACUUUGAUGUGACGGCUGUUUGAAGAUGGAGUAGGUUGUAGCGGGAGCUGAAGCGCCACAGGAGAAAGGGAAAGGAGGAGUCCAGCUGAAAAACCUAAAACCGGAAAGCAACAACUCAAGAAAAUGCAAAAGCUGAAAACAAGUUUUUCCUGCGCCCUCCUCUUCUGUUCCAUCUGCUUUAUUGAAGCCCGUCAGCUGAAGUUUGUCGUCGCUGUCUUCCGGCAUGGCGAUAGAUCACCUAUUGAGUCAUACCCCAAAGACCCACAUGGGGAGGAAGUGUGGGCCCAAGGUUAUGGGCAGCUCACUGAGUUGGGAAUGAAACAGCAGUUCGAGCUGGGAAGAUUCCUGCGGAGACGUUACAGUAACUUCCUCAGUGAGGAUUACGACCACAGAGAGUUGUAUGUCCGGAGCACCAGCUACGACCGCACGCUCAUGAGCGCCCAAGCCUGCCUUGCUGGUAUGUUUCCCCCCGUCAGACGCCCGCCUCCCAUCAUGCCCCAGUUACUGUGGCGGCCAAUUCCAGUGCACACCAUUCCCAGGGUUCAGGACAAGCUGUUAAAGUCACCUGGUAAAGACUGCCCACGGUUCAGAGCCCUGAUGACUGAAACGUUUGAGAGUUUGCCAUACCAGAAGUUCCUGAAGGCCCAUCAGAACUUUGUGGAGGAACUUUCCAACCACACUGGCUACCCUGUAUCAAAGCUGGUUGGUAAAAAAAUAUGGAGGGUCUACGAUACGCUCACCUGUCAGAGAAUUCAUAAUUUGACUCUCCCUCGCUGGGCCACACAAGAAGUCUUGGAUACCCUGAGAAGAAUAGCAUCCUUCGAGGUCACAUACAGCAUUUACAGCCACAAGCGGAAGGAGAAAGCCCGCCUCUUGGGAGGGAUCCUACUAAACGCCAUCCUGAGGAACUUCUCUGAUGCUGUAGAGAAAGGGAGCAAGCUCAAAUUCAUCAUGUAUUCAGCUCAUGAUUCUACACUCAUCACCCUCCAGGCAGCUUUGGACGUAUACAACGGCCUUCUUCCUCCCUACGCCGCCUGUCAGCUCUUUGAGUUCUACCAGGAGUAUGAUGGAUCCUAUUCACUGGAAAUGUAUUACCGCAAUGAGACUUGGCGUGACCCCCACCCCAAUUCUGUGCCAGGAUGCAAUGGGUUGCACCCCUGCCCAUUGUCAAUGUUCACUGAGCUGGUGCGGGAUGUGCUGGCAGAAGACGUGGAUGUUGAGUGUGGCUUGAGAACUAAAUGGUCGAGCACAGGUGAGGGGAUUUGCUUCAGUGCACAACACACAGGCUUUAAAAAUAUCGAAAGCUUUAGAAUUGACAGAGACCAAACUGUUCACAGGGGUCAUUACAGCUCUUGCAGUGGCAGUGGGAGUCCUGGCAGUGGCGCUGUUGUUCAGUACAGGUGUGGCGAUCCGUAGACGGAGAGGACGCUACUCCAGGGAGGUGUGAGAAAAG